AUGAGAGCGUGUUUGUUUGCGCUCUUUUGUCUCUUUGCUCUUCUGUUGGCGGUCAGACGUGGCGAGCAGCAGCGGAUCGCCGACGACAAACUCCUUGUUGUGACCGUGGCAACCAAGGAGACGGAUGGCUUUCGGCGAUUUUUGAGGUCUGCGAAACACUUCAACUACACUGUGAAGGUCCUUGGUCGGGGUGAGAAAUGGAGAGGAGGUGACUACAUGUCAGCACCAGGAGGAGGCCAGAAGGUGCGACUCCUCAAGGAGGCUGUGGAGGAGAUGAAGCAUGAGGACAAAGUAAUCCUGUUUAUUGACAGCUACGAUGUGGUUUUUGCUUCGGGUCCCAGAGAACUCCUGAAGAAGUUCCAACAGGCUGGACACAAAGUGGUGUUCUCCUCUGAGACCCUCAUCUGGCCCGACAGGCACCUGGAAGACAAGUACCCUCGUGUGAGGGAGGGCAACAGGUUCCUGGGCUCAGGGGGUUUCAUCGGCUACCUUCCCAACGUCAGAGAAAUGGUUUCCGAGUGGACGGGAGAGGACAAUGACAGUGACCAGCUCUUCUUCACAAAGAUCUACACAGACCCGGCCAAGAGGAAAUCUGUUAAUAUCACACUGGACAAAUGUCGUCUGUUCCAGAACCUUCACGGAGCUCUCGAUGAACUGGUGCUGAAAUUUGAAGACGGACAUGUGCGUGCCAGAAAUGUGCUUUAUGACAUGCUUCCUGUCAUCAUCCAUGGCAACGGACCAACCAAGCUCCAGAUCAACUAUUUGGGAAACUACAUCCCCAACACGUGGACCUUUGAGAGCGGCUGCACCGUGUGUCACCAAGACCUGCAGCCACUCGCGGCUCUGAAGCAGAGCGAGUACCCGCUGGUGGUGAUGGGGGUCUUCAUCCAGCAGCCCACCCCCUUCGUCUCUGUGUUUUAUCGCCUCUUAAGAAUCAGUUAUCCCAAGAACAGGAUCAAACUCUUCAUUUAUAACAAGGAGGAUCAUCACCAGCAUCAGGUCAGUGCUUUCCUGCAGGAUCAUGGAAGUCUGUAUCAGGAUGUAAAGUUUUUUGGACCCAAGGACCAGAUGAGUGAAGCCGCUUCUCGUAACCUCGGCUUUGAUGUGUGCCGCACAGAUAUGGAAUGUAAUUAUUUCUUCAGUCUCGACGUUAACGUGGUCCUAAAGAAUGAGAACACACUUAAAAUUCUCAUUGAACAAAACCUUCCUGUGGUAGCACCGAUGAUUACUCGCUCUGGUCGACUGUGGAGUAACUUCUGGGGAGCGCUCAGUGCAGAGGGUUACUACGCCCGGUCAGAGGACUACGUGGACAUAGUUCAAGGGCGUAGAAUGGGUGUGUGGAAUGUCCCAUACGUGUCCAGUGUGUACUUGGUGAAGGCCAGUCUCCUUCGUGCAGAACUUGCCACCCAUGAUCUUUUUAAUUCACCCGUCACGGACCCUGAUAUGGCUUUUUGCCACAACAUUCGAGAAAAGGGAGUCUUCAUGUAUGUAAGCAACAUGCACACCUUUGGUCGCAUCCUGUCAACUGAAAACUACCAGACCAAGCACCUUCAUAACGACCUGUGGCAGAUCUUUGAAAAUCCAGAGGACUGGGAGGAGCGCUACAUUCAUGAGAACUACACUCGCCUCAUGAAGGACAAACUGAUUGAAACACCUUGUCCUGAUGUGUACUGGUUUCCAGUCUUCUCUGAAGUUGCAUGUGAUCACCUGGUUGAAGAAAUGGAACAUUAUGGGAAGUGGUCCGGCGGUGGAAAUGUGGACAAAAGAAUCCAAGGUGGCUACGAGAACGUUCCCACCAUCGAUAUCCACAUGAACCAAAUUGACUUUGAAAAGGAAUGGCACAAGUUUCUGGUGGAGUAUGUAGCGCCCAUUACAGAGAAAAUGUAUCCUGGUUACUACACCAAGGCUCAGUUUGACUUGGCCUUUGUAGUUAGAUAUAAACCCGACGAGCAGCCCGCGCUGAGGCCACACCAUGACGCCUCCACAUUCACUGUAAACAUUGCACUCAAUCAAGUCAGCCGCCAUUUCCAGGGUGGCGGCUGCAGAUUCCUUCGCUACGACUGCUCCAUUGAAGCGCCACGGAAAGGGUGGGCGCUCCUCCACCCGGGCCGUCUCACCCACUACCACGAAGGCCUGCCGACCACCGCCGGUGUGCGCUACAUUGCGGUGUCAUUCGUAGACCCCUGAAGUUCCACCGGAGUACAACAGUCAAGCCGGACUGCAGACCAACACCCAGGUUGGUCUGCGGUUUGUGAACAAACCAACAAAAACAAAUUGAGAUGCUCCAAAAACCAUUUUAACUUAUUUUAUUUUUUAAUACAUUUGCUGUGAAUCUCACACACACGUUUGGACAAACGGCUUCCAUAGUUCAGUCACUGAUGUCAUGAAAUUAAUUUUAUUUCCUGCUGUGCUUUUGCCACUUUAAUAAAAAUACAAAAAUU